AUGAGAAAUUUAAUAAAUAUAAUUUCGCUUUUAUUUGGAUUUCUAGGAUUGAUAUAUGCUCUUGAAAGUACUGCAGCAGACCCAAAAGGUCAAGUUCACACACCAGAAGCCAAUAUUCCAUUACCUAAUAAUAAUACAGUUCCUCUAGUAAAGGAACCUCAAGAAAGUGCAAGAAUUACAAAAAAUCAGGUGCCAGUCUCAACAGUUUUCGAAUUUCCAAGACAAUACUACUCUGCAUAUACUUAUCCAAUAGGGCGUCAUCAUCGUCAUCAUCAUCAUGGUGAUUUCUAUGGAGUUCCAGUAGCCAUUCAACCAGUAGUUACCCAACCAGUUAUUUCAAAGACUCCUAUUGCUAAUUUGACUACAAAAGAGCCAAUUGUUAUUCAAAAUAAGCAACCUGUAAUCACGGACAAGUUACCUAGACAAACUCUAGAUAAAGCAGUAGAUUAUAGAGCUGAACCAAUAUUAUUGGAUGAACCUGAUAUUAGAAUGAUGGUAGAGUAUCCUUAUAGAGGUUCAUAUUUAUUCCAGCCAUAUGCAUACCACCGCUAUGAUUAUGAUCCAUAUUUCAUUAAUUUAAACCCAUACAAUCAGUAUCCAAUAUAUAGAACGGGAUAUCUUGGAUAUCCCUAUAGCCCAUUCUAUUAUAGAUCUCCAUAUAUAGGAGGUAGAUACUCUCGUCGUUUUAGAUAUCUAGAUGAUCUACCACCACAAGAGGGCGAAUUUAUCGAGUUCCCAGAGGAAGAAUUUGAGAGUUUUGAAGCAAAUAUGCCACUUGAAGGUCGUCCACUUCCGGAAAUCCACAAGAAUAGUACCCUACCAACUGCUCCACUGAAGAUGUAG